AGAACAUUUGUUUUGUAAAAUAUUUUGUUUAAAUUUUGAAACUUGGUUCAGUAUUUUUUGCCAUCAUGCCUUAUAAUGGCAAGAAAAGGGGAAUUCUUAGAAAAAGUGAUGAAGAAUCUAAAUUUAGGUUGAAAAAAAUGGGGUUAAUUAUGCCUACCUCUGACAACACUUCCGUGAAGUUUGCAGGUUACCAUGCCGACCCCAUCCAGGUGCGGGUUCGUCUGCCCAAACGACAUCCCAUCCCUGGCAAAGACAUCAUUCCUGAACCGCCACCAGAAAGUGAGAAGGUUCAAAAGGAGGGGGAUAUGUAUCCUCUAAAGUGGCCCUCCUACACUCAUAGUGAUGUUGAAAAGAAGAUCAAAGGUGUUUUGGAACCCCUCUCACUCUUCACAGCUUAUGGGGAUGAUGAGGAUGCAGAGGGGAAACCUAGAGUUGAACUUGAAAGACCUAAUACUCCAAUUAAUGAAGAAAUAAGACAACAACCAACAAGUUUAGAACAACUAGCCAAGUUUGUGAGACGGCGGAUUAAAGCUAGGCCUGAUGAUCCAUACCUGUCCAUUGAUGAUCAGCAGAAUUUGGCUGGAAUUUUGAUGGGUGAAAUCAAUUUGAUAUGGCCAGAAAUCCGAAAACAAAUAGAUGACCCAUUCCUGAGUCCAGAACAAAACAAAGAGCUAAACAGAAGAAUAGCUGUACACAUUGUCACUGUGUGUGAAGAGCUGUUCAAUCAUUACACCAAGAAAGCGCAAGUUUUGAACCAGAGAGGCAUAUUCAGUGGUCCAGCUAAUAUGAGUAGACUAAAGGCCCAGUUGGCUUUAGAUGCAAAUAAAUUUUUCAAUAUUUUGACAAUACGGCGAUAUAUUGUGGAAGACAUUCGUAAACAGGAAGCAGAGGGAGACAGAGGGGAGGAAGUUGUCUACUCAGCUCAACCAGAAAAACCAGUAAGAACCAAAUCAGAUGUUCCAGUUCUGUCAUUUAAAGGGAUGAUUCAGACUAGUCGUCCCAAAUCAAAAGUCAAGAGAUUUAGAUUCCAUACUCCAGAACAAGAGGCGAAACAGAUUGUAGAGAAUAUGCCCACGCUAGACACCAAUAAAGUUUUGGGUCUACUGACUGACCUCCCUGAGAGAGAAAUACAGACUCCAUCAGAAGCAUCCGUUGGGAAGGCAUCUAGAACCUCUGACAGGGAAAUGCAGGCUUUGGAAUUAUCAAAAGAGGAUCUCUCUAGAAGAAAAGUGCUGUUAAAGCGUUCCAGAUCACUGCCAGAUAUUCAGUUUGGGGAGACACUUUUGGAAGAACUUGGUAUUGACCGGUCCAUCAAAAAGGACAUACUAGCACAGCAUGAAAUUGACAUCCUCAAACGACAAAUGGCUCGACAGAAAGUACAGAAAAGUAAGCAGCAAAUUAUGGUGGAUACAAGCAAAAAGCCACAGCCUGGAACUCGAGAAUACGCUGCUGAAGAUUUACAGCGUCUCGUCAAAUGCCCUCAGGACACAGAAGAUUUGAAGGUCGAGGAGGACUUACCACCAUUGCUUCAGGCUAUCACGAGGAGUGCCAAACAUGAUGGCCUGAAAGAGAGAUUAGAGCAGAAGAUGAGAGAACUGGAGGAGAGAGAAAGACGGGAUAUCAUUGAACAGAACGUAAAGAUCAGAGAACCAACACAUCCUCAACCGUCCACUGUCAGUGCCAGGCUUCCAGGGAUGGAAGUCCGAGCAUCAGAUAUCCGUGUGUCAGAGAGAGUUUGCAUGUCUUCAAUCACUAUUGAUGGGUACACUACAGUGUAUAAUGAACUCACAGAUGAGAUCGAUGCAGCAACAGUGAAGAGUCUUGAUAAGAACCUGUUCCUCAGUGAUGAGAUUAAGGAGGUGUAUAGGGAAAUCAUGAAGACAGUUCCUACAGAUCACCUUAAAUUGGAUGAUGAUGAAAUGGUUCAGAAAGCUGCUGCUGAUGUUAAUUUAUCAGGCACCCUGGCCUCCUCCACUCUAGCCAAGAGGCGGUCCCAGCGUGUGAUUAACCCUGCCUUGAGCAGGGGUCAGAAGGCCCCAUGGGGGGAAAUGGACCCAAAACAGUGGGUCAGAACACCCCAUAAUCCUCCAAAGAAUUUCUUAGGAGAAGAUGUAUUUAACCCCACUACCCCAAAUAUGGACAGGAUUCAUGACUUUAUGCACAAUCCACGAAAAAUGGCUCAAAUCAAGGAGCAAACUGACAACAUGCCCAAAUUUGUGGCAGAGAAAAUGUCCAGGACGUAUGCCUCCUGGCUGCAGUGGUGGAGGAGUACAAUCACCAGUGAUGACUACAUGAAAUACCUGUCUACUACGGAAUCAGAUUACAUGGGUGUUGUGUUCCAUUUCUAUGAUUCUGAGGAGGAAGAGGAGGAAGAAGAGGAGGAGCCCACUCCUCGAGGCUUUGCCAUACCAAGGAUGGGUGUGUCUCCAUUCAAAUCUCACUCUAGGACUGGACAACCUAGUAAAUUAGCAGAACUGAAAAAGCAGCAGAAGUUGCAGCAGGAGAAAGAAAAAAAGUUAGAAGAAUUAAAGCAGGAAAAGAACAAAUAUGAAGAGGGAAUGUGGAAUGUCAACUCCAUCCUCUUGGGUGGACUUGGGAGAGACCCAAUCAUUGCAGAGCCACAAGCAGAUGAUGAUGAUGCUUCAUCGAGAAAAAAAUCAGCUGACACAACAAAAUCUGCAAAAACUCUCCAGGAGAGGGCAGCUGCCAGACACUCUGCCAAACUGGAAAAGGCUGGAAGAGAGGUUGCCACAACAUCUCGAGCCUCAAAAGUUACGUCCAUGACCGGUACCAUCAGUAAAAUGGAAACAGAUCGCACAGAGGAGAGUGGGGAAGUGCAGUUAACCCCACAGGAGAGACUGGAGAAGGUCUGGGCUGCCUUGGAGAUGCCAGACAACCUCAAACUGGACAUGGCAAUCAAAUACAGCACCAAUGACUACUAUGUUAAACUGUAUGAGGCCAUAGAUCGCUGGGAGAAGGUUACAGAGCUCAUACUAAAGAGAGAAGAGUUGUUGGCCAAGCUUGAAAAAUUUGAAAGGGCUGCCUCAGAUCCAAACAGAUUCUUUGAGAAAGGCAAUAAAGGAAGUUCAGUGAAGAGGUUGCAUGAAGCAAAGCAAAGGAGUUACUUAUAUAAGAGGAUAGAGUACUAUGAUCAGGAAAUAAAAGUGGAAUUAAAUUAUAUAAAGAAACAUUUUAAAGAUGAAGUUUCAUAUAAAGGUCGUCCAUAUGAAGAGAAAAUUAAAUGGGACAGAAUAGAGAUGCUUUAUUGGCUGCAGGAAGAGAGAAAGAGCAAUGCCAUCAAGUAUGAAUCCAUGAUGAGACCAUUCCAAGUGGGCACUGCCCAGUUAGAUCCCAUUCCAAAUGUUCCACAGGAGGGACUGGUGUAAUGAUCCGCAUACCCCUCAUCCCAGUGAACUUGUUGGGAUGGAGGAUUUGAUGCUGUAAUUUCUGUUAUAUUUUGUAUCAUACGCUGUAGCUGAUGUACAUGUUGCUGAUUGACGAACUGUGAUAAAAUUGAAUUAACAGUCACUGCUGAAGAUGUAUAUCCAGUUAAUGUACAACUGCUGAAAUAGAUAUAUAUACACUUUUGAUUUACAA